AUGACGCUUUACAUUCGUCGCGAAUCUUCCAAGCUAUGGAAGAGAUUUUACUCGGAGUUAACGACGGAGAUCGGUCUUCUCGCUGAGAACUGGAAAUACCUUCUCGCUGGUCUUAUCUGUCAGUAUAUUCAUGGUUUAGCUGCUAAAGGAGUUCAUUAUAUUCAUCGCCCGGGACCAACUCUCCAGGAUCUUGGCUUCCUUCUUCUUCCGGAGCUUGGUCAAGAGAGAAGCUACAUAAGUGAAACCGUGUUCACUAGUGUGUUUCUUUCCUUCUUCCUGUGGACAUUCCAUCCAUUCAUCUUGAAAAGCAAAAGGAUAUACACAGUGUUGAUAUGGUGCAGAGUUCUUGCAUUCUUAGUUGCCUGCCAGUUUCUCCGUGUGAUAACUUUCUAUUCGACUCAGCUUCCUGGUCCAAACUAUCACUGUCGUGAGGGCUCUAAAGUUUCCAGGUUGCCGUGGCCUAAAAGCGCUAUUGAGGUUCUCGAGAUAAACCCUCAUGGGGUGAUGUACGGAUGUGGAGACUUGAUUUUCUCAUCGCAUAUGAUAUUCACUCUGGUCUUUGUCCUCACUUACCAGAAGUACGGCACUAAAAGGUUCAUAAAGCUGUUUGGGUGGCUCAUUGCUUUCGUGCAGAGCCUCUUGAUCGUUGCUUCACGCAAACAUUACAGUGUCGAUGUUGUUGUUGCGUGGUAUACUGUGAAUUUGGUUGUGUUUUGUCUAGACAAGAAACUACCAGAGUUACCAGACCGGACAACGGUGUUGCUCCCUGUAGUCUCGAAAGACAGAAGCAAAGAAGAGAACCACAAGCUGUUGAAUGGGAACGGCGCUGAUCCUGCUGAUUGGCGGCCGAGGGCUCAAGUGAAUGGGAAGAUAGACAGCAAUGGAGUUCACACUGAUAACUCAAUGAAUGGCGCAUGA